CCUGCGAGCGGUGUUAAUUGACAAAAUGGCAAAUUUGAGGCUGGUGUUUUUGGCGUGCUUCGUGCAAUUCGCCUAUUGCGCGAUUAGUGUGGAUGAUUACAAUAGCGAGACGAGGGAUGAAAUUUUGGCCGUGCGGAAUCGAUGCGUGUCCCUCUCGGGCGUCGCGGAAAACUUGAUAUCGGAGAUUAAAAACGGAUCGUUCAGAAAAGAAACCGCAAUUAAGGAAUAUGUGGCUUGUUUUUGGUUAAGAUCCGGAAUGAUCGACAGGAAUUUUGAGUUAAAUCAGGCGAAAUUUGAUCAAUUCGUUACAUCUGUUGUGGACGAUAGAGUGGCUGAUAUGUACAAACAUUGCCACAAAAUGUCGAAAAGUCUAGGUAAAAAGGUUACAUUAGUGGACAAAAUAUGGGUGAUGAUACAAUGCGACUAUUUCAUCUCCUCUGAGAAAUUCGUGAUGUUUUGAUGAGGAUUUUUCAUAUAAUUUUAAUACGUCUCUUCCACACACAAAAAAAUAUUGGUAAUGAUUAAAAUUACCUUGUGUUUCACUUAAUUUUUUAUCAAAAUAAAGUUAUUGCUUUGUUUUCGUCUA